UCUGCUUUUGGAGGUUAAAAAAUAAUUCGCCGAGUUCUGUAAAAUUUUAUAAGUUCUGGUACCUGGUAUGGACACUCCCUUAGUGUGAUGUCGCGCGCGUCGCAAACUGCAAAGAGGAACGGGACGGCCAUAAAGAAAACGAUUCAAACACUUCCGGUUCCCGCUCAAAAUGGAUUGCUUGCGUGCUACACACAGCCUUUGCUGCACGAGUAGAGAACAUGAACAGAAGAACAAGCUCAAGAUUGGGGAAGGCUGAUGUAAAUGAGGGUCCUUUUAUCGAUUCAUCAAAUUGUCAAAAUUUAUUUUGAUUUAAAUAUAGAUAUUGGACUAAGACCGUCAAGGAAUAAAUCUAUGAUAAGCAAUGGAAAUGUGUCGCUGAAUAAUGACCAAGACUUCCAUUCUACAGAUUUAGAAGACAUUUAUGAUUACCCUGUCACUCCAAGUAGGAAAAAAGAAAAGGUAAAACAGAAAACAUCAAGUGAUAAUUCAGAUGAAGAGUUGUAUUCUGGUGCCAAAGAAAGAAAAAAGAUUAAAAACAAAUCAAGUGAAACUUCGAGAAAAUGGAGACGCACUACUGAUAAAAUAAAUUGCAAUGAAGAUGAGGUCAUGGAUAAUAAUGAAAGAGAAUCGAAAUGCAUGAUCUCAGUUUCUCCAAGUGGAACCCACAAAAAUAAAUCACAAGCAAUGAAACAAGUAUCUGAAAUCAGCCACAGAAAAAGAAUAAAAUUAAAUACUCCAUUAGAGUGUCAGCUGUCAGAUGUUGAUCAAAAUGAAAUACAUCAAGCAAAUGCAAUCUCAUCUCCACCAAAACGUUCAAAGUCUGAAACUGAAAUUCUGCAAACUCCUGAAAAGAAUUCUAACUUAAAAGGUGUGCGACGCACUCCAAGAAGUGCUGCGGCUUGCAAAAUUUCAGUAAAUACAGAGAAUAUGUGUAAUGGUUCUAGAAGAAGUACUAGAAAUAGCACAAUAAAUAGUUAUGGAGGAAAGUACACAGAAUGGUGCAGUUCUGAUGACAAUAUGACAAAAAAAAAUCUAAAAAUAUGUCUUGAGAAAUUAGACAAAACUAUGACAAAAAGAAUCAAUAAGCAAAGUUCUAGAAAUGUCUAUACAUCUGAAAGUGGAGAAUCUGAAGUUGAAAAUAAAAUGAAUAAUGUAAACGAAAACAGUGUUCCGAUGUGUACAAGAUUAAGAUCUAAAUCAAUACAGACACCAGUAAGAAAUAUUGAUAAGUCAACAUAUUCACCAACAAAAGAUAUGUGCAAAUUAAAUAUAAAUAAAGAUAUGGGAACUCCAAAAAGUUCAGAAAAACAAGAUAAGGCACAAAGAAAGACUCAAAGAAUUAAAUCAAAAAGUCACUGUUAUUCAAAAUAUACGAGAAUUGAAAGUGAAGAUUCAAGUGAUAAUUAUGAAGGAGAUGAAAGUGAUGAAUCUAAUUAUGACAGUGCUAAUGAACAUGAAAAACUCAAAGGGAAAAAGAAUUUGAAUCAAAGAAAAAAUGCUGCAACAUCGAAGGCUCACAAGAGAGUAUUGGAUGUAUCAAUGGAUACACCAAAGAAGAGAAUUUCAAGAGUAAAUGUAGGUACUCCAUCACUUGAUAAAUAUAGAAGAACAACUAAUAUUUGUAAGCCCAGCACUCCCUUGCAAAAAGCAAGAGCUUUGCUUCAUGUGAGUGUACUUCCUAAGUCCUUGCCUUGUCGUGAGGAGCAGUUCAACGAUAUAUACUCUUUUUUACAUGCUCGAUUGUUAGAUGGUAGUGGAGGCUGCAUCUACAUCAGUGGAGUACCUGGUACAGGCAAAACUGCAACAGUUAGCGAGGUGAUACGCUGCCUAAAAAAGUCAAUGAUUAAAGGUGAACUGUCAGACUUUGAUUUUAUAGACAUCAAUGGUAUGAAGCUGUCAGAACCUCGACAAGCUUACGUUCAAAUUUGGAAACAAAUGACUGGAGAUACUAAAAGUUGGGAAGAAUCUCACAAGUUGCUGCAGAACAAAUUCAAUAAUUCUAAUUCUAAAAAGAAAAUGACACUGUUACUUGUUGAUGAGUUGGAUCUGCUAUGCACCAAACGUCAAGAUGUAGUUUAUAAUCUUUUGGAUUGGCCUAGUAAAGCAAAUGCUAAGCUAGUUGUUGUUACAAUAGCAAAUACUAUGGAUUUACCAGAAAGAAUUUUGAUAGGCAAAGUUACUUCACGUUUGGGGUUGACCAGAUUGACAUUUCCACCUUACAAUUUCAAGCAGUUAGAAGAGAUAGUUGUGUCAAGACUCAAAGGAGCCAAUACUUUUGGAGGUGAAACCAUCCAACUUGUAGCAAGAAAAGUUGCUGCUGUCUCUGGUGAUGCUCGAAGAGCUUUAGAUAUCUGUCGUAGAGCAGCAGAAAUAACAGAGAAGAAUGGUCGUGAACUUGUUUCGAUGGUCGACGUUAAACAAGCUCUAGAUGAGAUGAUUGCCAGUCCUAAGAUCCAAGCCAUUAAGCACUGCUCGGAUAUGGAAAAGUACUUCCUUCAAGCUGUAUGUAAGGAAGUACAGCGCACAGGAGUUGAAGAAGUAGUCUUCAAAAACGUCUACUUGCAAAUGGAGACAUUGUGCUCUCUUGAUGGAUUACAACCUCCAAAUAUUUCUGAGGCGCUUGAAAUGUGCGCGAGGCUCGGCUCUUGGCGAUUGCUCCUAUGUGAUCAUUCGAGAAGGGAUAUUCUUCAAAGACUGUUACUAAAUGUGUCAACAGAUGAUGUGUUUUUUGCUACAAACGAAAUCAAUGCAUAAUCGUAUUUCUCUUUAAUUUAAGCUCAUCAUAGGUCCUGUGAUAUGCAACGUUUUUAUAAUUAAGGCAAAAUGUUAACAGUAUUUUCCUAGCUUUUAUUUUUAUUUAUUACAUCAUAUUGGCACUAGUAAUAUUUAGAAAAUUAGUUAUAAAAUAUGGGUGUAUAUUUAUUCUACAUUUUGGAAGACAUGUAUUUGCAGAAUCUGGACUACUAAUAUUUUUCUCAUUUUCAAAUUACCGAAGGCUAUUAGAACAAUUUCAUAAAUCAGGAUUUAUUUGAAGAGAAAAACUGUUUACGUCAUUUUUAAUUGAUGAAACUAAAAGUUCUCAAAUCAUUAUUUGGAUAAAAAUUAAAUAGAAAAAUCAGGGUUAUGGAUAUGUAAUGGAACCACUACUCUCGUGUUCAUUCUGUUAAUUACUGACAAUUCAACGGCUUUUGGGACAUUAUUUUUUCAAAGUUAUACUAUUGGAGAUAGCACAAUAAAAAUAAUGUGUUUCACAAGAAUUUCAUCAAAUAGUCCAAUAAUGAAUUGUUCAAUAAAAAUUAAUACUAUUCAAUCAUUUUACUACAUUUCCUGUAUCAUAAUGGAGGUGUUUCACAAGAAUUUUAUCAAAUAGUCCAAUAAUGAAUUGUUCAAUAAAAAUCAAUAUUAUUCAAUCAUUUUACUACAUUUCCUGUAUCAUAACGGAGAGGUUCCGCAGAAAUUUUAUUGCAUUUACAGUUAGAAAGCAGAACAGAAAUCUAUAAACAUUUUGUUUACAGACUGUUACCUGGUGUUUCAAACAUGAACCCACAUUCUCAAUAAUUCUGCGCUGUGAUGUUGGGAAAAUGGCCUUAUAAUAGAGAUUCCCAGCUUGCAAUUAAUAUCAACAUGUCAUAAAAAGGUGUAGACUACUUUUACUUAUGCCUUCACAUUUGUGCCUUCAUUGUUUUUGUAAGUAAGAACGGGUUUUCAUAAACGAUCCUUGGGAUCGAGUGCCUGUGUAGUUACAGGUAAUUACGCUAGGAAAAUAUUUAUUUUUAUAAUGGAUAUAUUUUGUUACAUAUGCAUCGUUUUUGGAUGCUAUCAUUGUUGUAGCGAUAAACAUUCUUACAUUUAUUUACAAUUACCUAAUGAUUUAAAAAAAUUUUUUUAUUCUGGAUAAGAAAUAGUUUAAAUAAAUCUCUACUGAAUCCAUAUAUUUUAAUCCAUUGUUGUAAUUUGGUUUUCUACCAUAUGCCUAAUUAAGUCUUAAAUGCCACCGGAAAUCAUUUCAACCUCAAACAUUAUAUUAACAAGCGUUAGCGCAUACCUUUAUAAUGGUUUUAUUUUAUGUUAGGGUUUUUACUUUCAAAAAAAAACAUAAUAACUUUUUUUACUUAUGAAUUUUGAGUUGAAAAUGUUUUUUAG